AUGGUUCCGUGGCAUCCUCUGAUGAUUCUUGUGUCGAAAAGGCGAGGUAUACUGGUUAUGCGUCUCAUCAUUGAUGGUCAUCACGUCAUCCCUAAGGACCCGGAUGAAUGGGCCAAACCCAUACUACACAUAGCAGCCGACAUGACCCCCUCUGAAAUGGAUGAGCUGAAAGCACAGUGCAGCACAAGUGUAUGGGCAGCACUUGUCUUUGCCAGCGUACGACGAACACCUGUGAGGACAUUAAAUAAUAUUAGCAUUGGCAAGAUCAAGAAUUGUGAUUGGGACCUUGUGGUAAUUGUCUAUGAAAAGGGCACCCUUGUCAACUGCAAUAUGUGGGGAACUCGAAGUGUCACGAGGACCCGCCACGAUUACCCCUGCAAGGAUAACAUCGAAGCUGCUGUUGCUGCUUCCCCGCAAAGGAAGCAAAAAUGCAUUAAUGACAUAGAUGAUAUUAAGAUCCUUAAAGAGGAGAUUGCUGCAUUGCAUUGUGCGGUAGAAGAUAACACUAGUAUGGUGUUACAAACUAGGGCAGCAUUUGUGAAAGCAGUUGAUCUGCUCCAUGAGUACAGUGUCAAAUUCAUAUGUGACUGA